AUGCCUACCAAAGGCCACCAUCGGUCCCGAUCGUCAAUCGACCGAGUCAUCGAUCUGCUGGCAGAUCUCGAAGAGAACCAAAUCGCCCUUCUCCUGGAGGACCUGAACCACACUACCUCGAGCAAUGUACCCGUGUCGGAGGCAAUUACCCUCUUUGAGCGGCAUGCGAGCACGAGGAGGAGGUGCCGGUCUCCUUCUCCAUUGAGGACCCUGCAGGUCGAGCUGGAGCGACGUCACAGCAAGAGGCUUUCUUCGGCUCCAGAACCACGGUUCCCCUCGAAGACCCAGGCGUCCCAACCCCCAACUCUGCGUUACCAAGCAGCCUCGCCGCCACCACCCGUCGAGUUGUUCGAUCGACACAUCCACACCGACGGUCCCUCGCCGACACACUCUUCCCCUCCACCUUCUCCGCCUGUCCAGAUCGACCGCCUCAAGUCGUCGUCCGAACCAUCCGCGAACUUCCGGCCCCGUUCGUACAAGAGAAUCUGCCGGCCUAGCUUCCUUUCUCCAACUGCGACGGCGGAGCUUCACCUUCUCUUAUUAGCCUUCUUCAACGAAGCACCCGUCUCGCCAAGCACGACGACAGCCACGCCGUCGCCUACCACGCCUAUCUUUGGCUUCUCCCAUUCUCCCUUUUCUGACCUGGAACCCGAACCGAGCAUGCCGGGCCUGGAUCUUCUGGAGCCCUCACCCAUUCGGACACCCAGCUUCUCGGCCGGCCGGUCACUCAAGACGAUGCCCAGCAUCGGCAGCAUAUUCGAGGCUUAUCGGUCACAGUAG